UUUGCGAACCGUUCAAAUACCCAAAGCGCAUCUGGAUUUCGUCACGCUAAACUUUGACAAGGUGCACUACAACCCGGUCAGCAAACACGUGUUUGAUGAAAUUUUAAUAGAGUUGAAGACGGAUCAAAACCGAAACGUCAAAUUCGAAUUUGGAAAAGUGAUCGUGAAGCUACAUUUUAGACCGAUCCGAUAAAAAAUGUCUGCUUAUCACGCCGACCCUAGCCCCUACGUCCUCUAUUAUACGCGACAGGCGGGGUCCGGUUUAGAAGGUUUCAGCGGAGCGCCCGUGCAGUACGGAAGAGGGAUCGGCAACGUUUUUCGGGGUUUGUUUAGACUGGCGGUGCCUCUGCUAAAAUCGGGCUUCAACUUAGUCAGACCACACCUCAAGACCGCUGCUAAAAAUAUCGCGAAAGACGUGGUUUCCGCAGCGGCGGGGAAAUUACUGGGAAACGCGUCGGAAAGGCGGCAGGAGGGGGAAGGCCUGGUGGUUUUGAGCCGCGCGAAUCGACGCAUGCGCCCACCGGGGCGUCGCGGUUCCGUACCUUUUAAAAAUAAAAGCGUUUUUUCAAAAGGUCUCAGUCUGAACAGGAAGCUGGCGGGUGCGCUCGUCCGCGCCUCUCGUUUAAGGAAUAGGAAGAAAAAAAAGAGCGAGCGGAAAACCGGUGCGGGUCCCGACAUAUUUUAAAAGAUGUCUCUCAUACACAGCGCCUCGGCGGAAUGCAUGAAGUCCGAGCUGGACCUAUUUACGAUCCCUAUGACGCAACACAGUAUAGAAUCCUACAAAUACGUAGAAACGCCUCCCAUCACGGCCAUUACCGAAAACGGCCCCCUGGAAUUUUUUAUAGCGGGGUCGGGGGACACCUACGUCGAUCUGAACCGUUCGCUUUUGUACCUCACGUGCAAAGAGACAAUGAGGGGUUAACGUGGCGAAGCGCUUAUUGCGAAAGGAGCCGAACGUUCGAAUUAAUGGGACAUUUGCAUAACGACUUUGCAUUUCAGGAAAAGCUUCUUUUAAAUUCCGUCGACGUGAGAAUCAAGUUAGUUCGUAAUAAAAACGAGUUUGUUUUAAUGUCGUCGGAUCCGAACCCGGGCUAUAAACUUCACAUUUUAACGGCCCUUUUGUACGUGAAAAGAAUACACGUGUCACCCAGUGUGAAACUGGGGCACGCGUCAGCUUUGCUUCAGUCUAACGCGAGGUACCCAUUAGAACGAGUUAACGUGAAAGUGUUAAGCGUGCCGGCGGGGGGUCGCGUGUCAAACCAGGAUAAUCUAUUUUUGGGCCAAGUGCCAAAAUUCAUCGCUAUAGGUUUUGUUCAUAACGAAGCUUUCAGCGGAUCAUACGCGCGAAAUCCUUUUAAUUUUCAUCAUUACGACGUGGAAUCUUUAAAUCUCAGCGUGGACGGUGUGUCCUACCCGUCCACGCCUUUUCGACCCCUUCUUCCCAGACAGCGCUGCCUGCGAGAAUACUUCAGCCUGGUCGAGGCUACGGACAGAGGGUUGAGGGACCAGCCUUUGGCCAUCUCUCGUGAAGAUUUUUCUCAGGGCUACUGUUUAUUCGCGUUCAACUUGACCCCCGACGAAAGCUCGGGCGAACACGUUUCCUUAAUACAGUCGGGGCACGUUAGACUGGACCUCCGGUUUCGAGCGCCUUUGCCCAACACCAUAAACAUCAUCGUGUUUGCGGUUUUUGACAACGUGUUAGAAAUUAAUCACAAACGUGAAGUGCUUAUGGACUAUUUUUUAAAAAAAAUGGACACCAGACAGAUCGCUAAAGCCAUGCGAUGCACCCUCGGUUUCAGAGGCGUAUUCGCCCUGCGAUCAACUACCUCGGGUGUUAAAACACACACCUCCGUCCUGUUUUAUUGUGAAUACACAUCCUCAAUCACGACCUGGACAGCAUUGGUUGGCUGUUUUAAUACUGUCAGAUGGAAAUGCAGAGUUUUUUGAUUCCUACGGGUUUCCGCCGGACUCUGAAUUUUUCCCCAGUUACAUCAUGCUUUUUCUAAAAAAUAAUUCACGACGAGUUUUGUGUAACGCUAGACAAGUUCAAGACCAUAGGUCGGACGCCUGCGGGCAUCAUUGCGUGUAUUUUCUAAAACAGCGUAUGAAGGGUCUUACGUUUUCUCAGGUUCUAAAUUCUUAUACCACCGAUUUACGAGAAAAUGAUCGCUCUGUUAAAAAAUUUGUAAAAAGUUUGCUGCGGAUAGAUUCUUACUGUCAUAUUGUACACGGAGUACAAAGUUGUGUUUACCGUUGUGAUUUUAUCAAUAAAUGAUUACAAAAUGAUCUUUUAACGUCUGUGUGAUUAUAUAUUUCAAUAAAAUCGCUACGCUUUAAAAAAUGUUUACUUUAUUCAAACACACACACACAAGAAAAAACAUAUUAAAAGAGUUGAAAAAUAUGAGACUAUGUUUUAAUGAAAAAAACAAAAGCAUAAAAUGUACUUUGAAUCAGAUAUAAAUGAUGUGGUUAUUUAAACAUACGAAUGAAAGCAUUUUGGUUUUAAUAAAAAUGUGAAAAGAUUCAAACAUACACAUUACCCGUUGGUUUAAAAAUGACACGAUUAUAAAAAGCAUAAAAUGUACUUUGAUUCAGAUAUAAAUGAUGUGGUUAUUUAAGCAUACGAAUGAAAACAUUUCUUAAUACGACAUCCACCCCGGAGGUUCAAAGUGUGUUUUUCUAUUUCUUUUUUUUUUAACCCGCGAGGGCGUACUCGCAGGCGUGCUAAACGUUAAAGAAUUAUCAACGGACCCUUUGAUGUGUUUGUAUUUUUCCAUCUCUCGCCUUACAGAAGAAUUACCCAAGGCCCCCGAAGGAACGUUGGCGUCCGCCAAGCUGCGAAGGAAACUGCUCCACCCGACGGGCUUGUAAUUCAGCUUCUGAUAAGAGGUUGCCGUUUUUAACAAAUCAAAUAUAUGACUCCCUUCCACGACAUCCCCUCUGUACACGAAUUCGCCGCGAGUCGUCCACGCGUUUUCCAGCGCGUCCAUAAUCAGUCGGGCUUUGUUUCUCGAACGAGCGGGCAAGUGUUCCAGAACCUUUGUGGAGAAGCCGUCAGGUGUUUUACUUUCUCGUUUUUCUCCUUCUUCUUCUUCUUUAGGUGGAGGUAAACUUAAAGUCAGUUCUUUUUUUUCCAAAGAUUUUUGUUUGACCAGAGUCAGAUAUUUCCGCAAAAGUUGAGAAUACAAAUCCAGUUUGGUGUCCGCGGAUAAAUCCUUUCUCUCCAACAGGGAUUUAAUCUCCCGCUCCAGUUCAUUCUCGCUGUUUUCCCUAAUGUCUC